CCCUGGUCCAGCGUGCUGGUCCUCCUUGAACAUGGCUGUGAUAGCUCAUUGACGGGGGGCCACCAUGCUCCGUGGGUUCGCGCGUCGAAAAAAGAAAGAUAAGUUUCGCUCCAGCCCCUCGUGGACCGACUUCAUCAACCCAUUCUCUUUCUCCUUCUCUCGCCUGUCUGCCCACUUGGUUGUGUUUUGGACUGCCUCAACCUGUCAAACUCAUAUCAGUGACCCUGCCCUCUGUUGCAUAGUCCCGUGUCAGCCUUCUCCUCCCACAGCAUCGACUUUGCCUACCUGAACAUUCUCGACAUACGAAAUGGGUCAGACAGCAUCGCAACCCGAGAGCGGCAAGUCCCUCAAAGUCAUCGGCGCCGGUCUCUCCAGAACAGGAACCACAUCAUUCGGAGCAGCCUGUUCAUACCUCCUCGAUGGCCCCUGUUACCACGGCGGCACCCAGAUGCUGAACUCCCCCGAGGCUCACAUCAAGCGUUGGAUCGAAAUCAUUAAACAUACCCCCGUGAAGAAUGAAGCCGACCGAAAAGCCUUGAACGAGGGUGUCAAGGAGAUGCUGGAUGGAUAUGUUGCCUGUACCGAUCUGCCCUCCAACGCCUUCGUCGAAGAGCUCAUGGAGAUCUACCCCGACGCCAAAGUCAUCUGCACCGUGCGUGAUCCCGACAAAUGGUGGAACAGCUUAGCCCCGAUCGUGGAGAAGGGUAACUUGACCGUCUUGUCCUGGAUUUUGGCCCCUCUACCGACCUUGCGCUGGUUCCGAACAUACCACGACGCCCUCGACGACGGACGUGUCGGUGAGCUAUACUUCCGCCCCGGCGAGCCCAAGCGACCGACCAGGGCCAUGUGGGAUCGACACAUCGAACAUCUCAAGAAGGUCGUCCCCAAGGAGAAGCUGUUCUUCUAUGACGUCCGUGAUGGCUGGGAGCCCCUGUGCGCCAUUCUGGGGGUUCCCGUGCCCAAGGAUGUCCCGUUCCCCAAGCUGAAUGAUGCUCAGGCCAUGGAGGGCUUCAUGAAGAAGAGCGCCCAGCGGGGCAUGAUGGUGUGGGCCGGUCUCUUCGUGUCUGCUGGUGCUGCCGCCUUCGCAGCUGCGAGAUACGCCCAAAUGAUCUAAGGGUUGAUGUUUGUGGCUGGAGAUUUCAUGUAUUCAUAUGCGACGAUGUUGUUGCCAUCACCCAUGUUGGGGCAAAGAUAUGUCCUGGCAGUCGAAUGAAAGGGUGCUCAGAUGGUUCAGCCCAUUUGAAGAUGGUAGACGCUUUGGGCUCGGGUUACUGGGCGUCAUGAGGAAGGGAACAAAACGGCGGAAUGAUUGGCGUGCUUUGACAACGGUUGCCAACGACUAUUCUUGGUCGUUGCGGAUGAUUAAAUAUUCCCAGAUUGGUGGCAUAUAGAAGAACUCUUGGAGUUCAAGGCUGGGACCGAAAUGCUUUCUUUGCGCACAGGUCUGGAGCUGAUACGGUUAUCUCUUGUAAUGCCAAAUUCGAAAAAGAUGCAUCUCCUUCAGGACGGUCCCAGGACGAGUAAUAGUGAGUGAGACGAAUGCUGGUGGCCGUUCAGCCUUCAAGAAGUGCGCAGCCUUAUCGCCCUCGGUAAGGCUGAUAAACUUUCGUCCCGCACACGCGGCAACUGAACGUUCUUCGAGACGCAGCACCGAAAAAUC